UUUAAUAUUUAAAAUGCCUAUUUUUUAUUCUUUCUCUUGGCAGGGGCGUACCUUUUGUUACCAGGGAUAGACGUAUUCGAUUUAAGUAUAUUGCAGAAGAAUUAUCAAAAGGGGAAUAUGAUGUUGUUGCUUUACAAGAGGUCAUUCAUUCAUCAGAUUACGAGUUGAUAUGUAAACAUCUGGCACAAUCACAUCCUUUCCAACACUAUUUUUACAGCGGAGUUAGAAGUGGUGUUUGCAUAUUCUCUAAUUGUCCAAUCAUUGAUUCAGCCACCUUCCAUUACUCUAUCAACUCAUCUCCAUACAGAGUGCAUCAGCUAGAUUGGUAUGCUAGGAAACUGCUAGGCUUGGUCAAAAUCCAACACCAAGGCAUUGUAAUCAACAUUUUUGCCACUCAUGUGUGUGCUAUCCAUACUCCUUCACAUCUUGUAGACCCACUGUUUUCACAUCGCUUGGCACAAUGUUAUGAGAUCAGUAACAUAGUAAGGCAAGUUGGAUCAUCGGCGGAUGUCAAUAUAUUGUUGGGAGAUUUCAACUCUGAGCCUUUCUCAUUGCCAAAGAAAGUUUUGAUGGCCAAUGCCGGUCUGAAAGAUGUGUGGGAUGAAAGGCCAAAUUCUGAUGAUGGUAGUGGUGAAACUUGCGAAAGAGAUUGCAAUUAUUACACACAUCUCAAUAAACGAGUUUAUGAAAAGUUUCAAGAUGGAAUGCGCAUUGAUUACAUCAUGUACAAUGGUUGCCAUAGUUACAAGGUGCAGUGCACAGAUGCUCGUUUGGUGAUGCGAAAGAUACCGGGUUCAGCGCUCAGUCCAUCUGAUCACGAAGCCCUGUCAGCCACCUUGGAAAUACAGUAUUGCAAAGAUACUGAACCACCAAGUUUAUCUGCUGAUUUGCCGAGUUUGUUAGAAGAUGUAAAAGAUGAGUUUGUCUCAGCGUACAAUGCAGUCCAACAGAAGAGGCUAGUUUCUGCUGGCCUGGCAACUUGCUUCGCACUUCUACUUGCUGUCCUCCAGCUCACUUCAAUUACAGACAUCAUCUGUGCAAAGUCUUUGAUCUGUGCAAUAUUAGUUAUAGGAUUUUUUCUAUGUAUAUGGGAUAUUUGUGUACAAAGGGUCUUUGAGGCCUCUGCUUUUUGUUCUCUGAUAGAAAAUGUAAGAAUUCGUAUGUUGUAUAUAAAAAAUGAUAAAACAUGAUUAAUGCAAAUCAAGCCUUCUAUAUAUGGUACUGCAAAAUAUUAUGUAAAAUAGAGCACAGGCUAUUGAAUAGAUGGAAAAGGAUAAAAAAGAGAAUACAAUUAGAGACCAAAAAAACCAAAGAUAAAAAGCUCUAUAAAUCAGGAUAUCAACCUUUUCAAAUUAUAUAGUUAUACUGUAAUUAUAUAUUUAUAUACACUGUUACAAUUAAGUUACAUGUUCAAGAUUUAAAUUUGAUAUAUUAUGCACACAAUAGUCAACUAUGACUAUAAUAAUGGUAUAAAUUUAACUCUUUAAAUAUUACAGAAAAGAUAUGUUUUAUCCUUGACAAUGAGAAUGUAUUUAGUAAAAAAUUUGUGGAAAGAGAGGUCAUUAUUUUUACAUGCCUCUACCUCAUGUAUUUUAAUGAUGUAAUAAUCCUUAUGUUUUUAAAUUGGUAUUACUACAGUACAGCUGUACUUAAAAGUGGAUUGAAACCUCUAUGCAGUACUUUAUACUAUUGUAUACUUGUUUUAGUAGUUUUUGUUUCUCUCAUUUUAUACAUUGAACGCACCAAAUUAUUGUCUGCCGCUGAAACAAAAGUGUAUGUUGAGUUGAAUAAAUAAAUAAAUAAAUAGAUGAAUAGAUAGAUAGAUAGACAGACAGACAGACAUCAUAUGCCAGCCAUUGCCAGCUCAUUUUCAAUGUAUCCAGUUAAACUGUGUACCAAUCAUUCAUUUAUGAAGUUAAAUGAAGUCCAUCAGCUUUUCAAUAAUUCAGUUAUUGGAGCUUUCUAUAAACAUUGGAAAUAAUUAUAUUUUUUUAUCAACAAGAUCUACAAAUAUAUAACCUCAUGAAGUGUAUUUUUAUAUAAAAUAUCUGAUUAAAUUUUAAAAUACACGAAAAUUAAAUUAAAUUAAAUUAUUAAAUUUAACCUAAUUUUUUUUGUUAUGAUUGUAAAAUAUAAUUAGAUAGUAACCUCUUCUAUUGAAUUAGCAAAUAUUGCAUACCAUUAACUUGAUUAAAUCCCUCACGGGAGAUACCGUAUUUUUUGGAAUAAACGCCCCUUAAUUUUGCUGUAAAUGUGGAAUUACAACAUAAUUCAAAUGUGCAUGAUCAUAAAGACGUUUAUUUAAGGAAAAAGUAAAUGCCUUGGGGCGUUUAUUAAAGGGAGCCGUUUAUUCCAAAUUAUUCUCUAGAAGAGGAGUUUAUUCGAGGGGGUGCUUAUUCAAAGCAGGGUGUUUAUUUAAAUAAUAUGGUAUUAGAUUGAAUUAAGUUUCCAAUUCUGUCUGCUACUAAAUCUGAAGAAAAACCUAAAAAUUAAAUUAAAGAUUUAACAUUGUUUACAAUAGAGGAUAUUAAUACUGUAUAUGUAAGGUCGAAACAAUUCAGGUGUCAUUGAUUUAAAACGUUUAAUGUCUAUUUCUUUAUUUUAAUUUUCCAAUUUCUUGGCUUGCUUGCCAUGGCGUAUCAAGGAGUAUUACAAUUUGUAUUAUGCCGACUUGUCAAGAUAAUCUAUCUCGCCAUGACAACAUACAACUUUUACUAUGUCGACUUGCCAAGAUAAUCUAUCUCGCCAUGACAACAUACAAUUUUUACUAUGUCGA